AUGGUGAUCAAGCAAGAGAUAGAGAUUAAGCAAGAGAUGGAGAUUAAGCAAGAGAUUAAGCAGGAGAUUAAGCAAGAGAUUAAGCAGGAAAUUAAGCAAGAGACUAAGCAAGAGAUGGAGAUUAAGCGAGAGAUGGAGAUUAAGCGAGAGAUGGAACAUAGUGAUGUGGAAAUGCAUGUACCGAUGAAACAGGAGUUAGAGUCGGAACCUGAGAAUUUCCCACAACCAAUUGGCCAAUUGGUUAAGUUAACUGGUGAGGGAGAAGAGAGGAAACGUCAUUACGAGAAGUUCCAGUUUCAUGGCACCAGAUAUGGAGUAAAUGAUACAGUGGUGCUGACUCCAGAAGGCGAAAACAAAGAGCCCUAUGUUGCGAUCAUAAAGGUGUCAGCCAGCGGUUUCGAACCCAGGUUAGGGGUGUCAGAGGAAAGGGUUUGA